AGGCUCUGCAAUUUCGGUGGUAAAUAAAAACUUGGGGGCGUUAAUUCCAAAUCAACCCAAAUUUCUUAAUAAUCUUCCUAUUCCCAUUCUACCCUUCCGUUUAGCUCAAUGGCGCCGUCAGCAUCGCCUGUCCCACGGCCGGCAGCUAACAAGCCGCUCGGCGUUCGCCGCCGUUCAUCCCCGCCGCCGAUGAAGUUCAGGUCGAUGAAAGACAUAAUGAAGGUCGCUUCCUAUGCCGUAAUCGAACGCGAAGAUUACACCCACGCCUUAUGCGAACAAUGCGGCUCCGGUGACCGUCCUGAUGAGAUGCUUUUAUGCGAUAAAUGCGAUAAAGGCUAUCACAUGCUAUGCUUGCGUCCGAUCGUAGCUCGUGUUCCUAUAGGAUCGUGGUAUUGUCUUCGGUGCUCCGAUCAUCCUGCCGUGAAGCGGUUUUCGCAGACGAAGAUAAUUGAUUUCUUCCGGUUACAAAAGUGUUUUAUCUCACCGGAGAAAUGCUCGUCAAAUCAAGAUGCUAGAAAACGAAGAAGACGUUCUUCCAUACUAGUUGUUCAAAAGAAGAAAAGAAGGCUAUUACCAUUUAUUCCAUCUGAAGAUCCUGCCCAAAGGCUAGAACAAAUGGGAACUCUUGCUUCAGCUUUAACUGCGCUGCGCUUGAAAUUCAGCAAUGAUCUCACUUACAAACAUGGCAUGGCUCCAAGAUCGGCCAAUCAAUCCGAACUUGAAUAUGGUGGCAUGCAGGUUCUUUCAAGGGAGGAUAUUGAAACCUUGGAGCAAUGCAAAACCAUGUCUAAUCGAGGCGAAUGUCCUCCCCUUCGCGUUGUUUUUGAUUCUUGUGAGGGUUACACUGUUGAAGCUGGUGGUCCUAUAAAAGACAUGACAUUGAUCACAGAAUACAUAGGCGAUGUAGAUUACAUUAAGAAUAGGGAAAGAGAUGACUGCGAUAGCAUGAUGGCACUUCUUCUAUCCCAGGAUCCAUACAAGAGCCUUGUUAUCUGUCCUGACAAACACGCAAAUAUUGCUCGGUUUAUCAAUGGAAUCAACAAUCACACUCUGGAUGGGAAAAAGAAGAAGAACAUAAAAUGCGUAAGAUAUAGCGUGAAUGGGGAAUGCCGGGUGCUUCUGGUGGCAAUGCGUGAUAUCGCGAAAGGGGAACGGUUAUACUAUGACUAUAACGGAUAUGAGCAGGAAUAUCCUACCCAUCUCUUUGUCUAAGAACUAUUUACGGUCUUGUUUUAUUUUCCUUUUUUCUCUUUUUAUUGUUAUUACUCUACUGAUUUUUCACAGCCUAAGCAAUUUUGUUAGGAAUUUACCAUUUAUUUCGGGUGAGGCUGUUAAGUUAGUUAUCAUGUGGCCUUUAGAAGAAGAAAAGAUGAAUUGCUUUUUGUAUAGCACUU